AUGACAGUAGAACCUACCAGCUUGCCCAAGCUAGCCUUCCUGGGCCCCUUGGGAUCCCACUCACACCAAUGUGCCCAGAACGGCUUCGGUCCAGGAGUAGAAUAUGUCGAGAGGUCAACUAUCACAGGUACGCUACUCCUUUGCCAUUUCAGCGGACAGUGGCAAAUGUCAGCAGAGGCUUUUAAGGCCGUCUCCGACGAGAUACCGUUCGCUCUGAUCCCACAAGAGAACAGUUUGUAUGGGACGGUCACGGACACAUACGACCUCCUUCGCCUACCGGAAGUUGGACAGCAUAAAUUUGUCAGGGGAGAGGUUACACUUUCUGUUCGACACUGUCUCGUCGUUCGCCGCGGGGUGAAGCUCAGGGACAUUGGGAGGGUCCUUAGUCACGAGCAAGCACUUGGCCAAUGUGCGCGCUUCCUCUCGACCAACCUGCCUGGAGCCGCCCGCAUCAAGAUGUCGUCCACGUCGGCCGCUGCGCAGGCACUCCUGUCCGAAGACAAGGCAGACCAACUAACAGAAAGUGCAGCUCUCUGCUCUGCCGCCUGCGCUAAAAUGCAUCCAGAGCUGGAAAUUCUGCAGGAGAGCGUGCAAGACAGUAACACAAAUUGCACACGGUUCUACGUCAUCGGAAAAUCACUCGACGUCAAGCUGCCAUCCACAUUCCAUGUAACCCCUCCCAGGCAUGCGCUAGUGCGCAUGGCUCUCAGAAACCCCGAUAUGGCCCCGGAUGCGACUGUGCACCCUCGCAAUCGACUUGUUCAACUGGUUCUCAGCACAUUGCUGGCUACGUUUGGCCUCCCUGUUACGCGGAUAGACAGGAGGCCGUCCUUGACUGAUGUUCCUUUCGAGGAUGUUUACAUGGUCGAGCUGGAGAAUCCGAUGAGUGCCCUCAGCGUCGGCGCUGAAGCAGAUGUUAAUCUCCUUGACUCUUCUAUGUGGAGUAGGAUGGCAGCAGGAGUGAAACAGGUAGAAGCGGCAGGUGGCGAUGCCACCGUGCUUGGAAUCUGGUAA